AUGUCUGUCUUUACCUAUCUACACGUAUUUUUCUGUAACUGUCUAUCUUUUGCGAUCUAUCCACUCCUAUAUCACUUUCUUUCUCUACCCCUCUUUGUAAGUCUAUAUCUCUUUCUCUCUCUAUCCCUCUUUAUAAGCUUUUAUCUCUUUCUUUCUCUAUACUUUUUUGCAAGUCUAUAUUUCUUUCUCUCUCUAUGCUUGUUUGUAAGCCUAUACUUCUUUCUCUCUCUAUCCCUCUUUGUAAGCCUAUAUCUCUUUCUCUCUCUACCCCCCUUUGUAAGCCUAUAUCUCUUUCCCUCUCUAUCACUCUUUAUACUCUUUUAUCUCUUUCUUUCUCUAUACUUCUUUGUAAGUCUAUAUUUCUUUCUCUCUCUCUAUCCUUCUUUGUAUGUUGAUCUCUUUGACUCCUCCCCUUAUUUUAUGUUUCUAUUUUUCUCUCUAACCAUUACUCUAUGUUUUUCUUCCUUUUGUUCUCUAUUGCUCUUCGUUUGUCUGUCUCUCUUUCAGUCACUUUCUUUUUGUCAGGACAAAGAAAGGAUCGUUCGCAUUGGCUCUCUCUUUUCUCUCUCUCUCUCUCUCUCUCUCUCUCUCUCUCUCUCUCUCUACGCCUCAUUGUUGGUCUCUCUUAUCUUCUCUAUCUAUCUUUCUGUACGUUUCUCUUUACAUGUCUGUCUCUCUUUUACUCUCUAUUCCGUCCCUCUUUCACUCUCUAUCCCUCGUUGUAUGUGUGUCUCUCUCUUCCGCUCUCUAUCACCCUUUGUAUAUCUGUCUCUCUUUCACUCUCUACCUCUCAUUCUUAGUUUCUCUAUCUCUCUUUCUAUGCCUUUCUUUCUUUCGUUCUAUGUCCCUCUAUGCAUGUCUGUCUCUCUUUUUUAUCUUUUUUGUAUCUCUCGUUCUCUAUCCUUUUUCUUUUUGUAUACCUGUCUCUCUUUCACUCUCUGUAUGUCUCUCUUUCACUCUCUGUAUGUCUCUCUUUCACUCUCUGUACGUCUCUCUUUCACUCUCUGUACGUCUCACUUUCACUCUUUAUUCUUAUUUGUUCGUCUGCCGGAUAUUAAAGGAAGCAGUAAAUAG